UAUUAUGUAUAUUUAAUAUUAUUAAUUAUAUUAUUGUGUUUGACCUCCACAGAGCUGUUAUCAAUAUUAAUAUUUUGGUUAUAAUGAAUAAUGAUUACAUACUUCGCAAUGUUUUGAAAUUUUGAAUCGUACAUAAUAUUUUGUACCUAGGUUCAUCUUAAAGCGUUUGGUUUUCGAAUUUCGAAUUUCGUUCUUGUUAUAUGUGACUGCACGAGUCGAGUCAAAAAUUUACCUACUGCUUGGAAUUGGAUGUGGGAAUAAGAGCUGGAAUUAUGAGUAAGUAUUCGAGUGAUUCAAACUCGCGUGACAGAACUAGAAGUUAUAGUCGUUAUUAUAACCAAAGGCACAGGUCUUCAAGUUCUUCAUCAACAGAUAGUUCAAGAUAUUCCAGAAAAAAUCAUUCAAGCAGAUCUGGAUCAAGGCACCAUAAGAAAUCAACGCGUAGACACAGAUCCAACAGUUCAUCAGAAUAUUCAUCUUCAAGGCACAAACAUUCUAGUCGUUCUUACCGCAAAGAUGAAAGUCGUUCAAAAAGAAAACAUCAUAGAAAAAGUUCAUCUACUAGUUAUGAUUCAAAUAACUCUAAUUCUUCCAUUAAAAAUCACCAAUCUAAAAGUUCCAAAGCAUUCAAUGAUAACGAAAGAAAUAAAAGGGUACAACCUAAUUCAUUCUCUACCUUCCAAGAUGAUUCGUUGGUUGUAAAAUCUGAAACUGUUAGCAAAAAAGAUCAUGAUGCAAACUGGAUUCAAAACAAUGUUUUGGAUAUUGUGAAAAGAGAAAAUUCAAUUGAACAGAUCAAUCAAGAAGGAUUUGUGUUUAAAGUCUUCAAUCCAUCAUCUGAACCAAAAUAUGUUGAAACUACAGACCAAACCAAAUAUGAUGUUCCAAAUAUAAAUGAAGAAGUCAUUGAUAAUUUGCCUACAGAUGAAUCAACAUUUUUCAUAUGCAAUAAAGAUAGAUUAUUGAAUGCAAGGUACAAAUUACUUACAAAGCAAGAGCGGUGCGUAAGCUGGGCAAAACAAUUAUUUGCAUCAUAUAAUCAGUCUCAGCAUAACGGUGGGCAAUUUGCAGACUAAUGCAACUGGAAGUAAUUUGUUCAAUACUAAACUUUUACACGCACAUUAUAUCAUUUCAAAUCAAAUAUCACAAGAAUUUGAUUUGUAAUUACUAUGAAACUAUUUUAUUAAUGUUAAUUUUUUUUUACUUAAAAGAUCCAAAGACAUUGUAUUGAGAAAUUAUAUUUUUGCAAGGAUUUAAAUAUGUUUAAGAAAAAUUAUAUCAACAUUCAAUUUGA